AUGGGAGUAUCGAAUUUACUUGAUGACGCUGUUUAUUUAUUCACCAUAGUUUGGGCUGCUAUUAGUUGGUUCAUAUUUUUUGUUAGCACUGCAUAUACCCAAAACAAGUUUGGCACUUUCAUGGGAUUAGCUUGGUUUGCAGUGUUCUUUCAAUUAUUUGUUUUGGUUUUGGUUAUCGUUUUCCAAUUUAACGAUUUUAUUUACCCCAGAAGAUUUGCCACAUUCCUAAAUUCAAGCUUGGUGAUUUCAUUCCUUUUAAAUGUCAUUAUUACCGAUGCCUUUAUUCAUCCCAGUUUUUUUGGUUAUUGCGUAGCUCUUGGUGUUGGUGCCAUGUUAUCUGCAAUGACAGACUUUAUCUGGAUUUUCUACUUCAGCUUGGAACCAAAUGAACCAUUGAGAAAACGCUCAUUGAAAAAAUCAUAUCUUAACAAACACAACAACGCUCCCAAUCCACCCCAAAUAACUCCAAAAGAAAGUCUUGAUAACAAUUACAAUGCCUAA